AUGGCGGGCCGCUUCUUUUUAUCUCUCGCGCUGGCGACGUUGACCUGCGCUCUCCCCAACUCCUCUCCUCUUCUCCGACGAGACGACACGUACGAUCUGUCCACACCUGUCAACGCUAGUCUUCCCAAUGUCACGAUCUUCGCUACUGGCGGUACAAUCGCCAGCCAAGGCACAACAAAUACUCAGACUGUCGGCUACAGUAUCGGCCUCGGCGUGCAGCAACUCGUCGACGCUGUCCCAGAACUCCUCAACAUCUCCAACAUCAAUGGCAUGCAGAUCUCCAACGUCGGAUCCGGAGACAUCAACUCCACCAUUCUGCUCAGCCUCUACAGCUCCAUCUCCGCCGAGCUUCUGAAACCUGAGAUCGCCGGAGUUGUGGUCACCCACGGUACCGAUACGCUGGAAGAGACAGCCUUCUUCCUCGACCUCGUGCUGAACAGUACCAAGCCGGUCAUCCUGGUCGGAGCGAUGCGUCCCGCCACAGCACUCAGCGCCGACGGUCCAUUGAACCUCUUCCAAGCGGUGACGCUUGCUUCAUCUCCCAAAGCCGCCAACCGUGGAGUUAUGAUCGUGCUCAACGACCGCAUCGGCUCAGCUUGGUACACCACCAAGAUGAAUGCCAACUCGCUUGAUACGUUCAAGUCCACGGAAGUGGGUCAGUUGGGGUUCUUCAUCAAUCAAGUGCCAUACUUUUACUUUGCUCCCACCAUGCCCACUGGGAAACUGUACUUCAACAUCUCUGGCAAGAUGGAUUUGCCGAAGGUUGACAUCUUAUACGCACAUCAAGACAUGGAUGGCCUUCUAUUCUCCGCAGCGAGAGAUUCUGGAGCGACGGGUAUCGUGUAUGCCGGGGUUGGAGCGGGAGGUAUGCCGGCAAAGGCGACUGUGCUCGCGGAAGAGUUGUUCAAUGCUACGGGCGUGCCCGUAGUGGCGAGUCAUCGGAGUGCGGAUGGUUUUGUACCGGACGGAGACGAAGGGGCGAGUGUGGUGGGUAGUGGAUUCUUCAAUCCGCAGAAAGCGAGGAUCGUUUUGAUGCUGGCAAUUUCUGUUGGUUGGGGAGGAGUCGAGCAGGUAAGGGAGCUGUUCUUGAGAGGACUUAUGUGA